CACCGUGUUUGUUUUGUUUUUCCUAUAAUAUGGAAUCACCCUUGCUUCCUCUGGGUAGGAGAGGAAGGUGCUUUGUUCUGGAUGAGAGAACCAGAGGGUGAAAUGGUUGAAUCUGCCAGUCAGACAGUGCUGUGCCUCUGUUGCCCAAGUAGAGGCUGGUUGGUAAUUAGGCCUAAAGGCAUGGUCCAGCAUUUUCCCAUAUGGUCCUCCCCAGCUGACAAAUGCUCAGGGAUAUGAGGAGCAAGUGCACAAAGCAGACCAAGAUGUUCCUGUUAAACAUUUUUGUCCACGCAUGUAUGCUGAUCCCGUUCCUAAAAUGCUCUUAACUCUUUGCUUGUCAUGUGCAGUUUGAAACCAUCACAGAUAAUAGUGUCCUGGGAAGAUGCUUUUGGAAUUAAUCAAUAGACAUAAUGGCUGAUGUAUUUUUCUCCCCUCUCUUGUCAGAAGCUGUGCCCUGACUUGGUUCUUCCCACAAGCUUGAUUGGUGCUUCUGGGAAAGUGCUGUGCUCUUGAAGCCUCAUUUAUGGAAAAUGAUACAUUUUUAAAAUCUGUUUGUGUUAAUGGUCUGUAAGAUUAAGUGCGUGGUGUGUGAAGGUGGUACUGAGAAACAGUAAGUAACUGAGAUGGGGCAAUAUACUUUUGUAAUAGUUUUAUUUGCCUUCUAUUUUAAUUCGAAGCUUUCUUUCAAUUUCCUGUGGGUUUUUGUUUAAACAGUGUCCUCUGGGCUGAGAAGUUUCCCCUCCUGCUGAAGCUGCUCUGCCCGUGUUCACGGAGCUGUGUUCCUCUCGGCUGUCUGCCCUGUAGCACCUUGCUGAUCUCCAGGCAGCCCCUGUGCCCCUUCCUGGGGUCACUGUGGAAGGACCAUGGCAGACACCGGGGAGGGGAAAAAGGAGGAGGCUGAUUAUAAAAGACUUCACAGCUUUCCACUGAUUAGGCACACGGACAUGCCGGAGGAGAUGCGUGUAGAGGCUAUGGAGCUGUGUGUCACAGCGUGUGAGAAAUAUGCCACUAACAACGAGAGUGCUGCCAAGAUGAUCAAAGAGAUGAUGGACAAGAAAUUUGGGUCCUCCUGGCAUGUGGUGAUUGGGGAAGGUUUUGGCUUUGAGAUCACUCACGAGGUGAAGAAUCUGCUGUACAUGUUCUUUGGUGGCAGCCUGGCCGUGUGUGUCUGGAAGUGCUCCUGACCUCUGGCCAGGUUCUAGACUUGGUGCAUACAAGAGAUUUCUUCCUUCUCUUGACAGAUUUUGUACAGUCUGGAGGUGGGGCUUUAUUUUUAAUAGUUAAACGUCAAUAUUUUUUUUCAUACUGAUGUAACAGUUCUGUGGGAUACCUAUAGUUGGUGUGUCUGUGCGUAUAAACUUGCUAAGCUGUCUUGUCCUUGCUCAUGGGAUUUUUUUAUCUGUCUGUGGCUCUUUCUUUGGUGCUUGAGCCAAAGCAGGAAGGAGGUGGGGAACAGGUAACCGCACGACACUGCAGACGCUACAGCAAUGCUAGGAGGAGGAAGCGAAAGAGGAAAGGUGCUAUUUAGCCCUAUGGUUUGGUUGUUGUUUUUUUUUUUCCCUCCCACUUGUGCCAUAUCAUGUCCUCUCUUCUCUGCAUUCCCCACUACCAUGUGGUAUGGCUCUGACCAGCACCUGUCUCUCCUCUCUCUGAAUGCUGAGAAUACCUUCUUCCUCCCUCUUCUGAGAUGUCAGUACAGAACUGGCAGUGCCAAGGGUCUCCCUUCGGGCUGCCUGUGGAGGUGUUGGCCCCAGGAAAGCAGACUCGGCUUGCCCUUCCCUGCUUGUUUUGGGAGGGUACAACAGCUGAGCUGCCUGGGUGUAGGAAGUUGCUAUGCAAACUGCCCCCUCCUUUCUCACCCACCGCACACUGAGAUAGCAUGAAAACACAGGCGGCUGACGAUGCCUGGGGAGUGGGUGAGAGCUCUUCAUAAGGCUCAAAUGCUUCCCUGUCAGUUCUUGGGGGUGUUGCAAGUGCUGUGUACUUUCAGCAUCUUGUUUGGAGGCUGGUAGAGGAAGGAGGCUCCAUGUGAGAUAUCACUUGGUCAUCAGCAGCCUAAUGUCUUUUUGGACUUGCAUUCUUUUAGCCUGUCUCAUUUUUUUAAAGCUGACAAUGUUGGAGGAUGGAAUGAACAUAAUUGUAUGUUACAUAUAUGGCUUAUUUAUAUAAAACUAGGGAACUGUGUUUUUACAAUUAAAAAUUAGCAAAAUGUC